AUGUCUGAACUACGCCCGUCAAGUCCAUCUGCCCCGUCAGGGUCCGAUCCCACUCACCCAGUCCCAACAACAACAACAGCGAUGACGAUCGAUCACCCUCCAUCCGACUCGCCGCUCAAGAACGAGGAAGAGAAGCGGAGGCCUAGUAGCAGUCACUCAGUGCACUCAACGACCACGACAGCCGUUGGAGACGACCACCCGCCGCAUCUGCACCACCGUCGCCCAACCUCUCCAAUCCUCGCACCUCCACCAGAUGUCGUCUCCGUGUUCGACCCCGCUUCCGUCGGCGGCGGUGGCCCCCUCGUACGGAUAGCCUCGCAACACUCGCAACGCCGGCUGUCUCAGCGCCGUAGCCAGGGCGCGGCCAGCAUGCGGCGGCCCACGUUCACGGCGUUCGGGGAUCCGAACUCACCCGUGUUCGAGGAGGACUACGACGGCAAGCUGCCGAACAUGGAAGUCAAGAGGAUGGAAACCGAGGGACCGGUCGUUGUGCUCGAGAAGGGCGGUCCCGGAGGUGACGGUGACAACUGCGAGAAGUGUCGCGAUGCCGAGGAGGAAGAGGAGGGGCAUGCUUACCCCGACGGUGGAUACGGUUGGGUCGUCGUGGCGUGCUGCACAACGCUGUGUGCUCUGACGAAUGGCUGGGGAAUGAACUUUGGCGUCUUCCAGCAGUACUACGUCGAGAACGUCUACCCUACUGCCCCGACCGCUGUCAUUAGUCUGGCGGGCACGACGCAGGGCUUCUUUUUCGCAUGUGUUGCCUUCAUUUCCGGCCGUCUCGGCGACCGCUUCGGUUUCAAGCGUGUCCUCUAUUUUGCCGCCUUCAUGUGCUGGCUUGGCACCUUCUGUGCCGGCUUCGCCAACCCCCUCUGGGCCGUGAUUCUGACACAAGGCGUCAUCACGGGCAUUGGCGCAGGCAUCGCUGCUCCGCUCUUCAUGAGUCUGCCUUCGCAGUGGUUCCUCCGUCACCGUGGUCUCGCCUCCGGAAUCACGAUGGGCGGUGCAGGUCUCGGUGGAGGCAUCUCAACGCUCAUCAUCCGCAAGCUCCUCCUCUCGGUCGGACGGCAUAAGACUCUAAUUAUUUUCCUGAUUCGCACACGCCCGACGGCACCCGAGGCCCGGGCAGCAAGGGGCCCGCUGUUCAACGGAGCCGUCUUCCGCCACAGCGAGUUCUGGUCCAUCGCGCUAUCGCUCCUCAUCGCCAUCAUCGGGUAUUCGACGCCGUACACUUUCCUCGCCUCCUGGGUCGCCGAGCGCUUCCCCGACCUCACAGGCAUGGCGGCCACUGGUCCUGUAUCGGUGCUUGCGUUCUCGGUUUGCAUCGGCCGAGCGCUCGUCGGGUUCUGUGCCGAUUUUGUCGGACCACUCAACACGUACAUCGCCGUUUUCUUCCUCAGCGGCGUGAUCCAGCUCUCGCUGUGGCUUACGGCGCACAACCUUGCGGGCACCUACGCCUUCGCGGUCCUUUACGGACUAAUUGCGCCGGGUUUCCUCGGUCUUCUGCCACAGAUCGUCGUGACCGUGCUCGGUCCUACGGCGCUCGCGUCCAAUCUUGGCAUUCUUCUCAUGUUCAACGCCCCUGGUAACCUCGUCGGCGGCCCCAUGGGAGGAGGCAUCCGAGACGCCACCGGAAGUUAUAAGUGGACAAUUGCUAGCGGUGGUAUCCUUCAGAUUGUUGGCGGGACGAUCGCUCUCUGGGUUGAGUUCUAUCCUCAAAUGUCAGCUAACGUCAGCCCGCUUCCGCACGUCUCCCAAGCUGUUCACACCGAUCUAAACACCUUAAGAUCCUAUAAUCGCUUCCUGCAUGUAUCAUGGACAUUCGCAGAAUGGCUCCCGCUCUAG